AUGGUCGAACAAGACGAGUCUAAGCGUUUCACACCCAAGGUGCCAGUCGAGCUCGAUCCGCCCAAGGACGACCCCAUUUCCGUCGAGGAAUUGGCCAAAUGCGACGGUUCCGAUCCUAGCCGUCCGACUCUGGUCGCCAUCAAGGGUGUCGUCUUUGAUGUGAGCCGGAAUUCGGCUUAUGGUGCCUCGGGUUCAUAUCGAGUCUUCGCCGGCAAGGAUGCCUCCCGCGCUCUUGCCUCAUCCUCUCUGAAGCCCGAAGACUGUGUACCUGAGUGGUAUGACCUCCCGGACAAGGAAAAGACUGUCUUGGAUGAGUGGUAUACUUUCUUCAGCAAGCGGUAUAACAUUGUCGGCAAGGUCGAAGGCGCCAAGAACACCUAA